ACCGACGAGGCGAAGCAGCACUCCCGUCAAGUAGUCGACGAGCUCGACGAUGCUCCGGAGACUGAGGAGACUCGCCAGGGCUACCAGGAGGACAAGGACGAGACGCGCGUCAACGCUGGUUACAAAGCCACGCUGAAGAACCCGAACGUCAGCAAAGAGGCGAAAGACCACGCGCGCGACUUCUUGAACGCUAUCUAG